UUUCCUAAUGCCAAAGAUUUUAUUGGACCCUGAAAGGCAGUCUAUUUUUUUUUUAAAAAAAAAAAAGCAAACCUAGUUUACACCUUUUUUUUGUUUAAUAGUUCUAUAUCAUGCCUACUUUGAAAGCUCAAGUUCAUCUUGACGAAGCUUAUACCAAUCAAGCUGUUAUUAAUGCUUUAAAAAACUCCUCGAGAAUAGACUGGCAAAUAGAAGAACCCAGCGCUGACAACGCUGAAUUGCAAGACCUCGACAAUAUUCAGUUACAAUGGGCUGAAUAUGAGCUGAUCAACUGGCACUAUUUGGCUCGCCAUGCAACAAAUGCCAUUGCGAAUGCCUAUUGUAUUCGUAAAGGCUUAAUCCGAAAAUCGCAACUCUCUUACAACAUAACAAAAUACCUUUCAAAGCAUCCAGAAAGCAUCUUGAGGUCAGCUAUUCCAGAAACUUGGUUAUUUGAAUUAGAUCAUGUCGAUUAUUUUGAAGAGGCUAUGAAUGAAGUUUUUGAAGUAGAACGUGAUUUGUUAGACCCAGAUACCGAUCAUAUGUUCAUCAUUAAGCCAAGCAUGGCAAAUAAAGGUGCAGGUAUCAAAGUGUUUAAUUCGCUAGAACAACUACGAUCCAUGUUUGAAGAAGACGAAACAGACAGCGAAGACGAAGAUGGAGAAGAAACGGACGCAGGAGACGGUUACAAUUUUGACCGUGAGGAUCUAACGCAAGUACGUGAAUGGGUGAUACAGCGUUAUAUUGCGAAUCCACUAUUAGUAGACGGUAGAAAAUUUCAUAUUCGUGCUUAUGUCCUUGCGAAAUCGAACAUUCAAGUCUAUCUAUACAGAGAUAUGUUAGCCUUAUUUGCUAUGAAGAAAUACAGCACAGAGGACUUGAAUGAUAGCUUGAUACAUUUGACCAACACAUGUAUACAAACGGACGAAGAAGGCUUUGAUGAACAAGCAUCCGUCAAAUUAUUCUGGGAACUGGAUUUAGAAAAGAAGGAUUUGGAACAUAUCUUUGAGCAAAUGAAGAACGUCUUGGCAGACAUUUUCGACGCUUGUACUAGCGAAAUGACUACUUUCCAAGCUAUGCCCAAUGCUUUCGAAUUAUUUGGCGUUGACUUUAUGAUAGACGCAGAUUUGAACGUGUAUUUUUUGGAGGCGAAUGAGUUUCCUGAUUUCAAACAAACCGGUGACAAAUUGCAGCAUAUUAUUGAAGAGUUAUUUGAAACUACAAAUAGAGUUGCAAUUGAACCAUUUUUAUUGCAGGAUACUGAAGAAACAAUAGACAAGAAAAUGGUCAAAGUAUAUGAGAAAGAGCUAUUAUCCUUAUAGGAAAAGAAGCGGCAUCAUUGUAAUAUAAGAUUGAAUUGUAUGAAUAACUUUAUCCACAUAUAAACAUAACGCCAUAGGCGAAUAAUUGCAUAUGGCACUCUUGAGAAAAACUAAGGUUAUUGAUGGUACAUACCUUGAUUAUAACUGGAUCCGUUCUGAUUGUCGUAAUUGAAAUGAUUACCAUGCAAGUUAUAGUUUUGAUUUGAGGCAAAUUGCAUCCCCGGAUUCAUUAUUUGUGCUUGUUGUUGUUGUUGUUGCUGUUGUAAGUAGUAUGCUGCGUCUUCGGGCUGCUGGUAUAAUUGUUGUGGCUGUUGUUGCUGUUGUUGCUGUAA